CCGCCCUCGCGGCCAGGUGAGGCGCCCCGCCCCUCGGCGGCUUCAGGUGCGGCGGUGGGACCGGGGGCCGCGGCCGGGCCGGGGCCGGGGCGCCAUGGCCGAGUCCCAGCUGAGCUGCCUGGACGAGACGCACGUGAACGAGCGGGUGACCGAGGCGCAGGCCGCCUUCUACUACUGCGAGCGGCGGCGGGCCGCGCUGGAGGCGCUGCUGGGCGGCGGCGAGCAGGCCUACCGCGAGCGGGUCAAGAAAGAGCGGCUGCGGGACUUCCUCUCCAGCCAGGAGCGCCAGGCCCUCCGCGCCGCCUGGAUCCCCUACGAGGAUGUCGCCGCCGCCGCCCGGGGCAAGAGCAAGGCCAAGGCCAAGACCCCGGUUCAGGCCUCGGCCGAGCCGGGUGAGUCUCUGGCCUACUGGCCCGACCGCUCAGACACCGAGGUGCCCCCACUGGACCUGGGCUGGACCGACGCGGGCUUCUACCGCGGCGUGAGCCGCGUCACCCUCUUCACCCACCCCCCCAAGGACGAGAAGGCGCCCCAUCUGAAGCAGCUGGUCAGGCAGAUGAUCCAACAGGCCCAGAAGAUAUCAAAGGAGGAGACAGCUAACCAAGUGCCCGAUGAGAAGUAUUACAGCAUCAGAGCCUCUUUGCUGCCGCCUGCAACAGCGUCUAGAAACUCCUGCUGCCUCGAAUUAACCUCUCCCCCCAGGUGCUGCGCAUCAGUGGGUAACCAGGUCGUUGCUGUGGUCAUGGACCUCUUCACCGAUGGCGAGAUCUUCCAAGACAUUGUGGACGCCGCCUCCAAGCGCCGGGUCCCCGUGUAUAUCAUCCUGGAUGAGGCAGGUGUGAACUACUUCCUGGAGAUGUGUCAGGGCUUGGAGCUCCCUGACUUUCGUAUUCGGAACAUCCGUGUCCGCUCUGUGACAGGUGUGGGCUUCUACAUGCCCAUGGGGAAGGUCAAGGGGACCCUGUCGUCAAAGUUCCUCAUGGUAGAUGGGGACAAAGUAGCCACUGGAUCCUUCAGCUUCACCUGGAGUUCCUCCCACGUGGACAGGAACCUCCUCCUCCUCCUGACGGGGCAGCACGUGGAGCCCUUCGACGUGGAGUUCCGGGAGCUGUACGCCAUCUCCGAGGAGGUGAACUUGUACCAGCAGCUGGGCCUGGCAGGAGGCGCUGGCAGGCCCGGCCUCCACUACUCCUCCACCGUGGCGCGCAAGCUGAUCAACCCCAAGUACGCCCUGGUGGCGGGCAGCCGGCCCCCGCCCGGGGAGAUGAUGCGGUGGGCUGCCCGGCAGCAGCAGGAGGCCAAUGGCCAUGCCGAAGGGCAGGAGGAGGGUGGCAAGGGCGAGUCGGCCCGGCGCCUGGAGAGCUUCCUGCACGACCUGGCCACCCUGGAGCAGGUGCUGCCCCCCGUGGAGCCGGUGCCCCUAAGAGAGCUGAAUCGGAGGGAUGCCCGGGGGAUCUCCCACCUGCACACGGACCUGAAGUCCAGACCCCGAGAGGCCCUUGCCCGACACAGCAAGGGAGAAGCCGCCAACGGGGAGGCCACCCUGGCCAAGGAGGGCAGGCGCUUCGGCAGCAGGAUCUUCAGCCGACGGUCCAAGAGGCCCGUGGCACCCAAUGGCACAGCCAGUGCCCUCUCCCCCAAGGCCUUGGCCGAAGCGGAGUUUAUGACGGGGAAGAGGCCCAACGAGGGCUCCAGUGCUGACAUCUCAGGUAAAGGCAGUCCCAGUCCUGCCAAGAAUAGCAACUGCGUGAUCUCCUGAGCUGCGAGCCAGCUGUCGGAGGACCUGUGGAUGCCCCGUCCUGUCCUGUGGAGACACAGUUCAAACCCUGCGCCAGUUUGCACAUCCGACCCUACUGGCCUUCCACCCCAGCAGCCUCCAUCCUGGCCUCAGGGACCCUGUAUCCCAGAUGUGAGGAUCUGCAGCAUCUCAAGUCAACCGCGCGCCUCCACAAGACUGUCGUGGCCAGGCCGAGCUCACCACUUGUUUACAUGAAGUGGAAGCUUCACUAGUGUCCACUCUCCUUUAUGCCCAGCCCGCUGCCUCCCCUGGGCCAGCCUUGCCCUGCAGGCCCCCAGGUGGGGUGCGCCUACAUCUUUAUACCUGAAUGUGAUGGGCUCUCUGGGGCAGCUCCAGUCCCCCAGCCUCUCCUUCCCUGGGCUUCCUGGUGCUGCUGGUUCCCCAAGAGGUCUGGUGGAAUAGAAGGGACAAGGACAGGGCUCUGAGCCAGGAACCUGGUCUCACUCGAGCUUCUGAACUCAGGAUGGGAGACUCAGCGAGGAUGGCUGGGGGCUGGGGGCUGAGGCCUUCCUGGCCUGUCCCUGCAGGCUCCUACUCUAGACUCUGCGUGGAUUGAGGGCAGAAUUUGACCCUGCCAUUUUGAGAGCCCUGGUGCUGGGGUCUCCCUUCCCUCCCCAGCACCAUCCUGAAUGGUCCAGGUCUCCUUGGGUGCUGCAAGCCGAUGUGGUGGUUCCCCAAGUGCCUUUACCUGAGGCCCUCCUUCCCUUUUGUGCCUUGAUCUGCAGCCCCAAAGCAGGGAGACCCUGGCUGAUGCUCUGGUGGUGUGGGAGGCUGGGCCAUCUUCAGGAGUGUUUGCCCUCCCUCCACCCCAGGACCCAGGGCUUGCCCUCAGUCCCCCUCACCAGCCAGGAUGUACGUGCCUUCUGUGGUUACACGUUGGCCAAAGACCGGCCUUAGCCUCCUGCCAAAACCAGACUGUAAUGAGGUGCCUCAGCCUUACUGGCUUCUAAGAGCCCUGGCCUAAAUGCCACAAUGCCAGGCCAGGAAGACCAGCUGAAAAUCGUACACCGCCCCCUCUUCAUAUGUGUGACUGAGCAGAUCUGCGGAGAGAACUGGGGAGUGGACAGCAGAGAAACUGCCGGACCACAGGGGCUGAGCUGGCCCCGCCUCGGGCCGGGUUGCUGGGGGGCCUGGAGAGCCCAGGCUACGGCAACUGCGAAAGCACCACGCUCAGCCUCUCCCAGCCUCCUACUUCUGAGCCAAACUCUCAUCCUCGGCUCUUUCCUUCUGCAAAACCCUGGGCAGCGGCAGCACCUUGGGGAGGGUCCAGAUGCUCCGGUGGCGCAGACACCGGCACUUGGUGGCAGUGGGAGCAGGGGAGCCCCGAGCAUCCUCUGAGAGGAGCCUGGCCUCCCAGGUGGGCGGGAGGAGGGGCAGGGGAAGGAAGGGAGGACCUGGUUCCUGAGGCGGGUAGAGUGCCGAGGAACCUGAUCCCCCCACUCCCUGAGCUUGUGUGAGAUUAAACACUUCCUGGGAACUGUUUCCUUAUGCACCAA